AUGUCUGCGCUCGAGGCCAAGAUAGUCGUCCUCGGCUCGCAGGGCGUCGGCAAGACGUCACUGGUAACGCGGUACUGCAAGGGCGCCUGGACCCCGGCGCAGACGACGUCGACCGUCGGCGCGAGCUUCAUGACGAAACGGGUCAUCGACACCGACACAGAUACCGUUGUACGGUUACAGAUAUGGGACACAGACGAAAAACCAGCCGGCCAGGAACGAUUCCGCUCGAUAUCACGACUCUACUACCGCGGCGCGAACGCCUGCAUCCUCUGCUACUCGAUAACGGACGCGCAGUCCUUCGCCGAGAUGGGCAUCUGGCUCACGGAGCUGCGGCGCAACCUGCCUCCCGACAUCGUGCUGCACGUCGUGGGCACCAAAGCCGACAUCGUCGCGCGCGACCCGACCCGACGCGAAGUCCCCUUCGAGCGCUGCAUAGCAUACGUAGCCGAGAACCUCGCGCCAGGCCUGGGUUCCACGCCGCCGCCGACCGCGACACCGUCGGCGUCGGGCCUCGGCGUCACGCAGCAGCAGUCGGGCGGUAUGAUGGGCGGCGGCGGCGGCGGGUCCUCGAACAUGCAUACGUGGAACUCGACGGGAAUGACACCGGGGGCGUCGACGAGUGGAGCACCAGAACCCCGCAGCCCGAGUAGCAAGCGGAGCAGCGGGUUCUGGGGCCAGGAGGCCGGCUGGGACGCGUGCCACGAGAUCAGCGCCGAGAGCGGCGAGGGCGUCGAGGAGGUGUUCCGCGUGGUGACGCGCAAGCUCGUCGAGCAGAACCGGCUGAUGCAGCAGGCGAUCCUGGCGGCGACGGCGACGCCCGGUGGUGGCGGCGGGCUCCUCACGCCCGGGGGGUACGACUCGGGCAUGGAAUCGGCCGCGUCAGGCUAUUUUGAUGGUGGUGUCAACCCGCGCGGCAGCUUCCGCGUUGGAAGGGACCGCAGGAGCUGGUUGUUCUCGCCUAACUUCUCGCCCGCUGUCACGGUCGAGAACGCGGGGGCGAACGGGGGCGCGCAGCAGCAGCAGAACCGGAUCGAGGACCAUAAGAGGGGCCGGAGGUGCUGCUGA